AGAGUGUUGUCUGGGUUCUGUUCUGUUGAUCUUGCCAACCUAACUAACAGCAAACAGGUCUGGUGUUUGCCUUGAUAUCGUCCAACGGACAAUUGGUACGGAAAAGGGGAACCAGAAUGAUCGGGGGCUCGGAAGGUUUUGCAUGGGGAGAAAAGCUACAGAAGACAGGGGUCCUAACCAGGUCUACACAGAAGCUUGAAAUAUACCAAAGCCAAGAGGUUUUCGCCACAAGAUUCCUACAAGAAUGGCCUCUGGCGGAUGCCGGAUUUAUGAAGAUGCUGAGUGCAACAACCACACCAAGGGAAUCUCAGAACUUUGGCCGGACAGACUAGAUUAUGAAGAGCAGCAACGUCUCCUUGAUGAAGAUGAAGACUGCAUGGAGAAUGUGACCAAACUUGAGAGAAUGGAAGAAGAUGUGCCUUGGGAAGAAAGAGAUGGUGAAUAUUUUGCCCGAUUUCUGAAUGAAUUCCCUACCCAGAGAGAAGAGAUUGAAAAGUGUAUCAGAUGCCUUCGGGAAAUGGCCGAUGACAUUGACCAGACCCAUAAGAAGUGUACUAUUGCCAACAUUGCUGCUAACUCUACCAGUGCCUCCUCUGGCCUCUUGACCAUCCUGGGACUCACCUUGGCCCCCAUCACAGCAGGUGGGAGCUUGUUCUUGACAGCCACUGGGAUCGGUUUAGGGGCAGUGGCAACAGCGACUGGCCUUUCUGCUAGCUUAUAUGAGAGCGUGAAUAAUUCACACGAAAGGAAAAAAGCUCAAAGGCUGAUGAGUGAAUGCGAGAAAAGUCUAAGAAAGGCAAUGCACCCCGAUUUCUGCUUUGGAUCACCCCCAAAUAGCGGGGCUGUGGGGGAAAACAUGAAACAACUCGUUUCCAAUGUUGCUGGUCAAGUUCCUGACCUGUAUAUGGCUGUGAAGGGAAUCAGAGUGAAUGUAAAGGCAUUGAAGCAAGUCCGAGCCAAUCCUGGCUUGAAAGCUUUAGCAAAGCGAGUCACUGCUGCAAGUAGCAGAUCCCGGGGUACAAUCCGGGGGGCCAAGCAUGUCAGAAAGGUCUUUGCAGGAACCACCCUUGCCAUGAGCAAAGGGGCCAGGCUGCUAAGUGCUGCAUCAACUGGGGUGUUUCUCCUUUUUGAUGCCUAUGGCAUUGUUCAGGAUGCUAAACAUUUGACUGAGGGAGCCAAGGCAGAAACAGCAGCAGAGAUAAGAGAGAAAGCCAGCAAACUGGAAGAAGAACUUCGUCAUCUUAGCAGGCUCUAUGAGGAAAUGAAAGGCCUUGUGUGCGAAUCAGAGUGAGCAAAGAAACAGACGGCAUGUGCGUGAACUACGCAAUUCUCUAUUAGUUUGUAUUUGGUCAUGAAAUAUGUGGAAUCGUUUCUGACUUGCAGCAAUCUACUUCACAUUUCUUCAAGAAACUCUGGCCCAAUACAGAUGCCCAUUUUGCCAUGUGUCAACAUUUCCUACCAUAGAUCUGCAUGGUUGUCUGAAUUAAUGAAAGCAUGUUGUGUGUGUGGGUGGUUGUGUGUUUGCCCUGCUGUAGAUUCUAGUCUGGGGAUCUUAUGAGGUGGUAAGUCUUGACCACAUUAACCACUCGGUAAGCUGAUCGUCUAUAUUAGUAACUCAUGGCUCGUAACAUUGACAGCCCUCCAGGUGUUGUUUUUAUUGUGCAUUCAUGAUGAUUUGUGCUCAUGCUGGUAUUGGGAGAGUUAUAAAUGAUCCCACUGUUUGUGCCUGCAAAAAUUAGGGGCGAACAUAUUGCUUCCAACUGGUGCAUGUCCCAUACUGCUGCAAUCCUAUAACUUAUCAUAGCGCAAAUGUUCCAGGGUUUGUUUUGCUUGUUUGUUCUGCUUUUGACACAAGAUUCCACACCACCACACUGGCAGCAAUAAUGCAGUAACAUUGGGGAGGCAUCACAGAACAUCUAAUAAAAUGGAAUGAGGGAUGGAUGGACCAAUCCAUACCCACCUAUAAUAAUGCAUUAUUAUUUCAUCAAUGGCAUGUUGCAAGAUAUACACUUAAAAAGAAGUGACAUUGAGUAAGGAAUGUGUUCCUACUGAAGAAGUUUCCGAUUGGCGGGGCUGUCUUUCAAGGAACAGCUUGCUUUUCCAGCUUUAGACUUCAGAUUUCUUUUCCAAGUGUUGUUUACAUAUUUCGAAAUAUUUUAAUAUCUGCAGUGUUUCAGAGUUAUUAUUUAAUAAUCAUGUAUGUAUGAGUGUGAUUUGAUAGGAGCAUCUUUUUCAUAAAUAAAUGAAACCCAUUCAUUAUUGGGGAGUAAGAAAACUGACUGUUUAUUGAUGCAAUGUACUGUUCCUUUCCCCAUCAUGUUCCAUCUUAAAACUGGAAUCUGGUUUGUAAUCUGUGUCUCAGAUUAACCUCAGGACCAAUCUGAAUGAGAUACGAUGAAAGCAGCCGAGUUCCCAGUAAAAACACUAGCACAGACUUCAAGACUAAGGAAAUGGCGUGUCUUUAGUUAUAUCCAGACCUGGCUAAUGAAAACAUGUUCAUGAAGGAGGCUAUUUUAUAACUUCCCUGUGCUGUUAUUUUGCCAGGAGGCAAUUCAAGAGAAAGCACUUACACCCCAGUUAUUAAACUUAGCCUGGGGGCAUCUUUGUUUUCUGUCCCAGGCAAAAGUUUGUCCCAUUUACCCACAUUUUGAGGGGUUUGAAGUUAGUCCUGCUAGUUAAGUAUUG